CACAAAUCCAAGGUUACAAUUUCAUCUCCAUCUCUCGACUUCAUCAUAUCAAUAAAGAAAAAAUGCUUCUGAUUUCAAUUCAUCUGCUUCAUCUCUGCUGUGAUUUGACCUGCUUCAUCUCUGUUGUUCUUGAGAAUACUCGCCAACAGUGUUCUUGCAUUAUUCCUUGACCUGCUUCUUUAGUGUGUUCUGUUCAGAUGUAUAGGCAUCGAUGAAACAAGGAAUUGUGAUAUGGAAGGCUACCCAAGUAUUAACUCUUCAAGAUUCAGACCGCCAACACCACUACAAAUACAUUCUCACACGCUUUCUCAAAAAAUCCAAUCCUUGCAGCCCCCAACACCCCAUCUACAUCAGACCACCAACACCACCACAAACAAAGUCGUCAUCAAAUUAGGGCUUGCUACCCGACCCAUUUUUGGAGAUGUUCACCAUGAAGAGGAGAUCUGUACCAAGAGUAAUGGUGAACUUAGGAUGAUGGCUUUUGCACAAGAAGAGUUAUGGGAAAAUCUAGUGAGCGUAUUACUUUGCAUGAAAACAUGGAGGGUGAACAAGCUAUUCAAAACCAAGUCCAUGAACAGCUUCUUCUUCUACCCAAAUGCUUUGUGUGCUGUUACUCUUUCCCCUACUGUCUCCAGAUCUUUAAGUGAACUCGCAGUAAAGGUGGUUGCAACAAAUAUGGUGAGGACUGGCAGGUCAUUAUCUGGCACACACCUCCUCUGUGUUGUUGGGAGAUAUCAAGAAGCUUGUUCACAGCUGCAAGAUGCAGGGUGUUGGACAGAUGCUACAACCUUAGCAGUAACACAUUUAAAAGGAAGUGAUUAUUCAAGGGUAAUGAAAAGAUGGGCAGAACAUGUGUUAAAUGCAGAUAAUAACAUGUGGAGGGUCCUAAUAAUAUAUGUAACAGUGGCAUGUUUACAAGAAGCAUUGGCGGUGUUGCAUGAAGCUCAUCGACCAGAUAGUGCGCCGAUGUUCAUCAUAGCCUGCCGGGAAAUAUAUUACGUCACAUUCUUUUCACAAAGCACAAUACCUUAUUUUUCAAAAGAUGAUACAUUUAUUAUGGAUUCUCGAUGAAAGGUAUGAUUUGUUUCAUAUUUUUAUUUUGCAUU